AUGUCUCCAUCAGAAUCCUUCAAUAGCUUUAGCUUGUUUUCUACAUUGUCAAUGUUCAAGUUUCUCACACAAAUAACUUUUUCACGCCCAUUUGUGUAUUCUGCCCUCAACAAAGGAUGUCCAGACUUCCUCAUCACUUCAAACUGUAUCCAUGGGAACUCCUGGCCCCAUUUAUCUAAUCUCUUUGAAGUCAAAAAUUUCCUCAUGCCUUCCGAAGACCCUCCCCAGUUACAGAAUUGCAAAGUAAUCUUUCUGCAUGGAAACACGAAUGCUCCAACUCCAUUACGACCUAUGGAAUUUCGUGCAAUAGCUUUCACAACCAUUUCUCCAUAUAUUCGUGUCUGUGUAUCUACUUAG